CAGAAACACAAACGGAACCACCGGUCGGUCGGAGCGGAACGGGAAUAUUUAAAUUAAUAAAAAAAAAAAAUUAAAAUUAAAAAAAAUUAAUAAAAAGAAAAGGAGUGGAGGGACAAUUAUAAAAAAAAAAAUAGUUGAUCACAGAAAACAAAAGGAGGAAAUUAUUUAUUCGCCAUGUUUGCUCUGAUAAUAUCGUGCGCAAUUAUCGCGGCCAGUCAGGCGGAAUAUCUCGGCUAUGGAAAUCAGGGCCCCGUUCAGCAGCAGUUCGCGCCCCCUGCACCGGUGGGUCACGACGGCAAUGUAAUUGACACGCCGGAAGUGGCGCAAGCAAAGGCAGCGCAUUUCGCCGAAUUUGCUCGGGCCGCGGCACGAGCGGCCGAAGAGAAGGCGCAAGAGGGCUACGCGCAUGCGCCCGAGAGUCGUGCUCAAUAUGCACAAUACGCGCACCAAUCAGCGCAGCCAACGUAUGCGCGUCAAGCCUAUCCCUCCCAGCCCGUCUACCACGCGGCCAAUCCCGUAGCAGCACCUGCAGCCGCCUACCCCCAACAAUAUGACUCGCGCGCCAAUUACGUUGCCUCAGCGCCAAGAAACUAUGCUCCUGCAGCGCCUAAAAUUCAAUUUGCACCGGCGCCACUCGCCGAAGACGGUACCGUCAUCGACACACCGGAAGUUGCCGCCUUAAAGGCCGCGAGACUCCAGGAACUCGCUGAAGCUGAGGCGCGCGCUUACAAAUACAAUGGGCCCGAUGAGUACUCCGACGAUGGACAGGCUUACAAUGGACAAAAAGGUGUUUCGAGUCCAUUGAAUUAUGGAGCAGCUUCACCGUACGCAGCAUCCGCCCCAGGUCAUUUUGGUGCUUCCGGUCCAGUUCCCCGUGUUUAUCCGGGACCAACAGCUUAUCAGGGUUUCGCAGCCGCACCUUUCGGAAAAUCCUUCCAACCAUCAGCCUUUCAGCCUCAAAGUUUUCAAUCCCAACAACAACACGCUUACUAGGAGUUUGAUCUCUCUUAAAAAAAAAAGAAAAGAAAACAAAUCUCCGUGAAUAAACCCUGUACAUAAUUUAGGCCAAUAAAUUCUUUUUUUACAAAUCAAAAAAACUCUUCCUUUUC